UCUGCGCUCGUCAGAAUCAAACAACACCUCCUUCUUUAAACUCGUUUAUGUGUAAUUGAUAUCGUCUCCGAAGAAAAGGCGGCUGGAAUUUCAGUAUUUUGGGGCCAGUGAAAUAAAACUAACGAAGGAGUCAGCCUUCAAGGAUGGACUCCAAAACACCCCCUGACAUCAGAUAAACCUCACAUUACAGAGACAGCUCAUUGAUUCCCGUCUAAGAGGAAGAUGCCUUCGUCAAGAACAAAUGGAGCAUGAAGUAGUUGGAGGAUGGGUGGUGCUGGUGUUGGCAGAAAUGUUAGAAAGCUAGAAAAACUAGUUGGUGAGGAAGUGUAGUCAGAAUUGUGUUUUUAGUGUAAUAUCAUAUACCUUUUGUGUUGAGUUUGGGAAACCGCUUUGACAGUUACAGCAGGUAAAAAAUAAUUAUGGAGUGCACUGAGAGAGUGCUGUGUGGGACAGGGGAGGUGGAGCUCGACCCCAACAUUGUGAGUGAGGAGGCGGGAAAACUUUAUUCAGAACUACAGACAGUUAUUGAGACCCAUGGUGAAGGUGUGGUGGAGUCGCUGGUACCCACAUUCGUGUGGGUCCUGGAAGGACUGGCCAACUGCAAAGCCCAGCUGAGAGACAGGGAGGAGGAGGCGGAGAGGGAGAAAGCUGAGCGAGAAGAGCUGCUGGAGAGAUACCAAGCAGAGAGAGCACUCAGGAAAGAAAGUCAAGAGAGGUAUCUGGAGCUGGACGACCAAAUUGAACAAGAGAGGAGAGCCCUGAGGGGGAGGGAAAAGGAGAGAGAGCGGCGAGAAAGAGAGCUAGAGAAGAAAGCAAGAGUGCAAGCUGAUCAAUUGGUGGCCUUGGAGGAACAGAAGACAAAUCUUAGUAGAGAACUGAGCACACUGAAGCAUACUCACAACAAGUUGGCUCACACACAUCGGGAACUUUUGGAAAAGAGAAAGGAUUCUGAAAGAGAUUCUCCUCUGAGGAAUCACAUGCGCUCCAAGAAUGCUGAAUUUCCAUCCAACACAGUAUUGUCAGAAUCCAGUGUUAAUGAAAAGGUGAUACAAAGACCACAUUCAAACUCUGCUCCCUUCUGUUUGGAAGACCUAGCAGCCAAGGAAGAGAAGGCGAUUGACAUUGCAGUAAAGUCCACCGCAGAUCAGUUCAUAAAUGACAUCAUAAGCUCCACUCCUGAGCUGAAGCAGUUUCAUGGCUGUGUGGAUGCCAGCACCCCUAACACCAAAGAGCCACAGAGAGGUGGGUUGGAGACCAGCUUGGAGGAUGAGAUGGGGGAGACGGAGGAGAAGGAGGGAGAGAAGGAGCACAAGGCCGAAGAGGUGCAGGAAGGAGAGGAGCAGGAAAAGGACAACAAGAAGAAGGAGGAGGGAGAGGAGAUGGAGGAAGAUGAUAGUAUAGAGUGGGAGCUGCGCAACACAGACUCUGUGUUCUCUGAACUGUCAGAGCUGAGCCAUGACUAUGUGGAGAGUGUAGACCGAGGAGCCAGUGUGAGAGGCAGUGGAGACCAGUUUGAGGAGAUUCUUUCCCAGUAUGAGGAACUGAAAGUCACCCAUGAGUUAGUAGACGCUGCUCGUAAGGCUUUGAUAUCUCGGGUAGUAGAGCUGACUGAUGACCGGUCUGCCCUUAAACUUGAAGUGUCCUCCCUUUACGAGACAGUCUCACGAUUAGAGGGGCGAGUGAAGGAGAAGGAGGAGGAAACUAAGAGACUUAGGAAAGAACUGGAAACAUUCCAAUCUGAAGAUCCUGAUGCCUCUCUAACCGCAUCCAUGCGCCACUUCUCUCGUUCUGAAAUGGCUCGCGUGGUCAUGGAGAAAAACCAAUACAAGCAGCGUCUGUUUGAGCUGCAGGAGGCAGUAAGACGUAGUCAGACACUCAGAGCAACAAAGGAGGAGAGGUUAACAGUGGACAAACGGUCAGGUGUUUGGAGAAAGUUCAAUCGCUUAUUUGGCCUGACCAAGGAACCCUUAAUCCCACCUCCUGCCUCAGCAUUUGGCCUGCCAAGUUCUCCGUCAUUCACUCGACCUCGUCUGGGGUCUCAACAACUACCGGCUGUCACUCAUACUCAUGCUGAAUCUGCUUCUCCUGCUGCUCUCUCCCCUCGUGUCAGGCGGAGAGAACUCUACAGAGAAAUUCGCUCCCACAUUUGGGGAUCACUUGGAAAGCGGCAGAUACACGGGUGGAGCACACCGCUGCCAAACACACAGGAAUCACAUGUAGCAGACCCUAAAGAUGUGCCUGUACUAAUGCAACUCAGACUGUUGGAUCAAAGAGACUCCACAGCUAAGCUGAACUGUGCAGUUGCAGUCACACCUGAGAUCUCAGGAGAGGCCACAUGUUCUGUGUGGGUAGUUUCUGGCCCUGCCUUCAGCAGCGAUAUUACAGUGAUUGAUCCAGCACGGUCCAACACAGUACUGGAUCAGUUCAGCCUCCCUCCCACAGCUCCUGCCCUCUGCAUCUGUGCUGUGCCUCCCAUAGGUGACACUGCAGGAACUGUGUGGAUUGGGACUCAGGAAGGAAGUAUACUGGUACACUCAGCCUCUGCUGGUAGGAGGCGCUGUCUGAAGUCCGUUUCCCUUUCAGAGGGUAUUCAUUCACUCAUAUAUUCCCAGGGACAAGUCAUAGCUGGUUUAUCUGAUGGGUCUUUAACAUUUUUCUCGCACGGUUCAGACGGCUGGAAUCUACAGUCACACUUUGUGAUGCCUCUCGGAGCAAACCCUUUGCAGCCCAUUCGCUGCAGCCUUGCAAAAGGUGGCCGCCUGUGGGUGGGAUACUGGAACAGAGUCCAUGUGGUAGACAUUGAAAACAAGAAGGUUGAGCAAACAUUCGCAGUCUCUGAACGCAGCGAGCAGCAGGUUCGUUUCCUGUGUGCUGGUGGAAGCGGCGUUUGGACAUCCUGCCGCCUCGACACAAUCCUCAGACUGUUUGACUGGUCCACAGGAAGGCCGCUACAGCAAGUGGACUUUAGUGCUUUGGUCACCAAAACAUUAGGUCAAGCCUUCCUGACACUCUCACCUCUCCAGAUCUCGUCUCUCGCAGUCAUUUCUGGCCGUCUGUGGGUAGGCACAGGAGGUGGUGCCCUUGUCUCCAUCCCAUUAUCAAUAACAUCCGAAGACGUUUCCAUCCCAUAUUGCUCCAUUGCAUCAGCCCAGCUGUGUUACCAUGGGCAUAGACAAGCUGUCAGGUUCAUCAUCGCUGCACCUGGUUGUUUGAUCACCACUCCUGGCAGUAACACUGUCACUACCUCUCAGCUUAUCCUCAGUGGAGGAGAGGGCUACAUCAACUUCCGAAUUGGAGACGACGAAAGCGACGGAUCAGCCGAGUUGUCCCAAACUUCACCUCAGCGGUCUGAACGCAGUCACAUGAUCAUCUGGCAGAAUCCUUCCCCCUCUGUGCCCAGCUCUGCCCUCUGACAUCGCUCAUCUCCUACGUCUGCCAUUUAGGAAUGAGAUAAAGACGGAGCAGACACAUACUGCACACCAGCAAAGAUUGAGACAACAUGGUGCUUUCAAGGAACUAAACAAACCAACGUCUCAAUGUGGCAACAAUGAAAGUGUCCUUAAAAAAAAAUCUACAUCUCCUGUUUCAUCCUUGCGUACCUCAUUAGAUUUGUACAUCUGUCUUUUGACUGGAUUAUGCUAAUGGGUGAUGAUGCCUUGAUCAUCACUGUGUGUCUUUAUCUGAUGUUCUAUAAUUUCUGUAAAACUGGUCAGUAAUUCAUUUGUCUUAUUUUUAAAAGCUCAUUUUUGCUUUUGCACUAACUUUGCAUUGAGGUUUUCUGACAUACAGCUACAUGAACAUUUUUCUGACAGACUCCUGAUAUUUUCUGUUGUUGAACAUGCUGACAUCUUCAUUCCACCAAGGCAUCACCACAUCUUUCUGUCUAUCUUUUAAUCAUAACAUUUAACAUAAUGACGUGGCUCUUCUUGAAGCUGCUGUGUACACUCACUGUGAACUGGAAACAUGUAUCUGUAUUCUCUGCGUGAAGACAAUCCGACACUGAUGCUGCAUUGAGAUUGCUGAUAACUUUUGAUUUUGAUGUUUGUUUGUUUUUUUUAUUUUCAGAUUAUACCCUUUCCACAUCGCAUGUGGUGUAUUUACAAAUAACUGCACAUUUUAAAUGUGUGUAUCUGUAUAAAAAUAUGAUAUUCUAUAUUUUAAAUGAAUUUCAGCGCUUUCCUUAGAAAGUAUUAUAAGUUUUAUGUUUUAAUUUGAUUUCAGUACCUUAAAAAUAAGGGAGGGAGCGUGUCCUAUGCAGUAUUUAUGUGAAAUUACAUGUUUAAGCACACAGGUUGACGUCAUACUGUAGCAGCGACAGUACUUAUUCUUCUUGGAAAGGCAUUUAAAACUUGAGUAUUCGUUCUGACUUAACAUUGUGCAAUCAUGAUUAUCGUCAAUAAAAAUGUCUUCAGUGA